ACCAGGUCUGAUUCCUCGUAAUUUCUUAGGAAGUUGAUACAAAAUUCUCAAACAAACGAAUAAGAAUCUCUCCCAGCUUGUACACGUGAUGUUGACGUGAACAUACAGCUGAUGAUUGGCGCCAAAGAAUAGCUGUGUGACUCGUCGUAACUCGCAAGUUAUAAUAAACUCUCACACAUCGCCUUCAUUUCCAGUCGAGUAGUGAGCCACCGCGUUUUUGAUUAAAAAAAAAACACAGAGAAACAUACUUUGACUCUGAAACCUCGAGUCUCCGGUCGGCCUGCCUCGAGUCUCCGGUCGACUUGUAGAAAAAGAAAAAGAAAGAAACACUAUCCAAUAAACCAUUUUCUACGACGACUCAGACUUACCCACCAUUUUAUAUAAAGAAAAAGGUAACGCUCAAACAACGCAAACCCCCACAACAAUGUAUCUCCAAUUCAUCAAUCCCACAAGCACAACCACCGCCCUAAAUGACAACCUUCCCACCUCCAAGAUAGUUUCUUCAUUGCCGCAACAAUCACCACUUGUUCACCAAAACGGUGACUCGGGUGUUGUCUCGGAGCCGGAGCCGAUGGUGCAGAGGUGGGAGGGUGGUGGCGGGAGAGUGGUGCCGGCGAUGGACGCGGUGGUGAAGGUGUUUUGUGUUCAUACGGAGCCGAAUUUCUCGUUGCCGUGGCAGAGGAAGAAGCAGUACAGUUCGAGUAGUAGUGGGUUUGUGAUUAGGGGCAGGAGGGUCUUGACCAAUGCGCAUUCUGUGGAUCAUCAUACACAGGUCAAGGUCAAGAAGCGUGGCUCUGACACCAAGUACCUGGCCACUGUGUUGGCCAUUGGAACCGAGUGUGAUAUUGCAAUGCUUACGGUGAGUGAUGAUGAGUUCUGGGAAGGGAUUUCACCUGUGGAGUUUGGGAACUUGCCUGCGCUGCAAGAUGCUGUGACUGUUGUGGGCUAUCCUAUUGGGGGUGACACAAUCUCUGUGACGAGUGGUGUUGUGUCACGCAUGGAGAUACUUUCUUAUGUUCAUGGCUCCACUGAGCUUCUGGGAAUGCAGAUAGAUGCUGCAAUAAACUCUGGAAACUCCGGUGGGCCGGCGUUUAAUGAUAAGGGAAAAUGUGUGGGGAUUGCAUUCCAGUCUCUCAAGCAUGAAGAUGUGGAAAAUAUAGGCUAUGUCAUACCAAUACCAGUUAUUAUGCACUUCAUUUUGGAUUAUGAGAAGAACGGGUCAUAUACAGGGUUCCCAAUUCUUGGAAUUGAGUGGCAGAAGAUGGAAAAUCCUGAUCUGCGCAUGUCAAUGGGGAUGGGACCUGAUCAAAAGGGUGUGCGAAUCAGAAGAAUGGAGCCUACUUCUCCAGAAUCUCUUGUUCUGAAACCAUCUGAUGUUAUUCUUAGCUUUGAUGGGGUUAAUAUUGCUAAUGAUGGCACAGUUCCAUUCAGGCAUGGAGAGCGCAUAGGUUUCAGUUACCUUGUCUCCCAAAAAUACAUUGGGGAUAAUGCGCUAGUCAAAGUUCUAAGAAACUCAGAGACACUUGAAUUCAACAUAAAACUAGCAAAACACAAGGAACUGAUCCCGUCACACAUAGAGGGAAAACCUCCUUCUUAUUACAUCAUUGCUGGAUUUGUUUUCACAGCUGUAUCUGUUCCAUAUCUGCGUUCUGAGUUUGGAAAUAUAUUUGAUGUUCCAAUCAAAUUAUUGGACAAGCAUUUACAUGCAAUGGCACAGUCUAUUGAUGAACAACUUGUUGUUGUUUCUCAGGUACUUGUUGCUGACAUUAAUAUUGGAUAUGAGGAUAUUGUUAACAAUCAGGUUCUUGACUUCAAUGGUAAGCCUGUGAAGAACCUGAAGAGCUUAGCCAAGAUGGUCGAGAAUUGUGAUGACGAGUACCUAAAGUUUAGCCUAGAAUAUAAUCAGAUGGUUGUUCUACAGACAAAAACUGCAAAGGCAGCAACACUAGAUAUCCUCACAACGCAUUGCAUAUCUUCGUCCAUGUCUGAUGACCUUAAGACUAAAGACAUUAUGUUACAGGAAGUAGAGUCUUUGUCUGAUGACCUUAAGACUAAGAUAUUAGAGGAAGAACAAAUGCUUACUUCUCCUUUAGCUGUAUCUACAUAGAUGAAAUUCAGGAGGCCCUCAGAGGAACCGAGCACAUCUUGUAAGAGUAUAUGUUGGAUGGUAAAAAUAUUCUUCUUGUAACAGUUUACAGUAGAACAGUUUAUACAACGUUCUCAAAUCAAGUCAAGACCUGGGUCCAAAUCCAAUCCUCAAGUAUCAAAUUUCAACUGGGAAAUCAAGAGAAUCUCCCCUUCACUUUUCAGACUUUAGUCUGCACGAAGAAAACAAGAGAAACACUCCCAUAUUGAAGUUAUCUCUUUUGCUUCCUGAAAUCUGCAGGUCAGAGCAAUACUAAAUACUACAUAGAGUUGACUACAUAUGUAA